ACAAGCGCCACCCUGCCUCUAGCGGCUAAUGUUAGAGCAUGUUCGGAUUAUGUGCCGUGUAGCUGUGUAUGUGUUUUUUCACGGUUGGUAAUGUGGGGGCAUUUUCCUUUUCCAAACAUAAUCAACGAACUGGUGGAUAUAUACGAAUUUUGGAUUUUAACAUCGGCCACUUAAAUUGGAAAUAGCCCAACUAUUUGGUCGUCGCCGUAAGACAGGUGUGCGCCAUGCAGCGAUGAAGAUACUGGGCGUGAUAAUAAUGACGCUUGGCGCUCUGGGCGGGGCCGAGGCCACGAAUGGCUCCUCUAAGGACUACUGCUACACGGCACGCAUCCGCAGCACGGUGCUCCAGGGCCUGCCCUUCGGAGGGGUGCCCACCGUGCUCGCCCUCGACUUCAUGUGCUUCCUGGCCCUGCUGUUUGUCUUCUCCAUCCUGCGGAAGAUGGCCUGGGACUACGGCCGUCUGGCCCUGGUGACUGAUGCAGACAGAAACAAGGGGCGGUUCCGUGGCCUGGAGGAACGAGAAUACGUGGCGUCGGUGAUGCACUCCGAGACGCCAGACCGCUACGAGCGCCUCACCUCCGUGUCCAGCUCGGUGGACUUCGAGCAGAGAGACAGGGGCUUCUGUUCCUGGCUGACUGCUAUCUUCAGGAUAAAGGAUGAGGAGAUUCGGGAGAAGUGUGGAGAGGACGCGGUGCACUACCUGUCCUUCCAGCGACACAUCAUCGGCCUGCUGGUGGUGGUGGGAGUGCUGAGCGUGGGCAUCGUCCUGCCCGUCAACUUCUCUGGAGACCUGCUGGAAAAUAAUGCAUACAGCUUUGGGCGAACCACUAUAGCCAACCUGAAGUCUGGGAAUAACCUGCUCUGGCUGCACACUUCCUUUGCCUUCAUCUACCUGCUGCUGACCGUGUACAGCAUGCGCAGACACACCUCCAAGAUGCACUACAAAGAGGAUGACCUGGUGAAACGCACUUUAUUUAUCAACGGGAUCUCUAAGUACGCUGAAGAAAGUCAAAUAAUCCAGCAUUUCGAACAGGCCUAUGAGAACUGUGAGGUGCUGGAGGCUCGGGUCUGUUACGACGUGGCCAAGCUGAUGGCCCUGAAUGCAGAGAGGAAGAAGGCAGAGCGCAGUAAGAAGUUCUUCACAGACCUGAUGAUGAAGGAGCACAUCCCCACCAUGAUCAACCCCAAACCCUGCGGCCACCUGUGCUGCUGCAUCAUCAAGGGCUGCGAGCAAGAGGAGGCAGUCAGUUACUACACUAAGCUGGAGGCCAAGUUGAAGGAGGAGUACAGGAAGGAGAAGGAGAAGGUCAACACCAAACCCCUCGGCAUGGCCUUCGUCACCUUCCAGAACGAGGCCAUGACGGCGAUAAUCCUGAAGGACUUUAAUGCGUGUCAGUGUCAGGGCUGCACGUGUCGUCCGGAGCCCCAGGCCUCGGCUGUCAGCAGCAGCCUGCAUGUGCAGCACUGGAGUGUGGCCUACGCCCCCGACCCGCAGAACGUGUACUGGGAGCACCUGUCUCUGGGCGGACUCUCUUGGUGGCUGCGCUGCUUCAUCAUCAACGUCAUCCUCUUCCUCCUGCUCUUCUUCCUCACCACGCCCGCCAUCAUCAUCUCCACCAUGGACAAGUUCAACGUCACCAAGCCUGUGGAGUACCUGAAUAACCCCAUCAUCACACAGUUCUUCCCCACCCUGCUGCUGUGGUCCUUCUCUGCACUGCUCCCCACCAUUGUGUACUACUCUGCCUUCUUCGAGGCCCACUGGACCAGGUCAGGAGAGAACAGGACCACCAUGCACAAGUGCUACACCUUCCUCAUCUUCAUGGUCCUGUUACUGCCCUCUCUCGGCUUGAGCAGCUUGGAUGUUUUCUUCCGUUGGCUGUUUGACCAGAAGUUCCUGGACGAUGCUCCCAUCAGAUUUGAGUGCGUCUUCCUCCCGGAUAACGGGGCGUUCUUCGUGAACUACGUCAUCGCCUCGGCAUUCAUCGGGAACGCCAUGGAUCUGCUGCGGAUCCCGGGGCUGCUGAUGUACAUGAUCCGCCUCUGCCUGGCCCGCUCCGCCGCCGAGAGACGCAACGUCAAGCGCCACCAGGCCUACGAGUUCCAGUUUGGCGCCGCCUACGCCUGGAUGAUGUGUGUGUUCACCGUGGUGAUGACCUACAGCAUCACCUGCCCCAUCAUCGUCCCCUUCGGUCUGAUGUACAUGUUGCUGAAGCACCUGGUGGACAGGUAUAAUAUGUACUACGCCUACCUGCCCACCAAACUGGACAAGAAGAUCCACUCUGGAGCUGUCAAUCAAGUGGUGGCCGCGCCCAUCCUCUGCCUGUUCUGGCUGCUGUUCUUCUCCACCGUACGCACAAACUUCCUGGCCUCGACGUCCAUGUUCACCUUCGUGGUUCUGAUCAUCACCAUCGUGGUGUGCCUGUCGCACGUCUGCUUCGGCCAUUUUAAAUACCUCAGCGCCCACAACUACAAGAUCGACACCCAGGAGGUUGACGGGAUUAUGGAGAAUGGCCGUGCAGCACGCACUUCUCCCUCCAGCAAAUCUGCGAUGUACAUCGCGCAGGUGCUGCAGGACCCCAACUCAGACGAGACAGGCACGGGCAGUGGCGAGGACGACAGCCAGGGGUCCUCGCAGGACGAGGAGCUGACCGCCACGGGCAGCAUCCUGGAGGGCGACUUCCAGUCCAGCGAGGCCAGCCUGAUCGCUAACGAGGUCCGCCAAUAACGACACCCCCUCCCCCCCAUGGGCGGGGCAGCCAGGGGAGAGACGGUGGGUGGAGCCUCAACAGAAAAGGACCAAUCAGGGAGAGACCACUUCAGAGAAAUGGCCAAUCAGACUGUUCUACACACGCCCGUGGACCAGCCGCCACGCCUGAAGCCCAAAGCCCUGCCCCUAACCCCCCCCUUGUCCCAUUGUGCUGUUACGGGAUUGGCCAGGUACUUGGGUAGCCUCUCCCACACACGACAUGCUCAGGCGCCACGAACACACACAGGAAGAGGCUCAUUUUUUUUAAUCCACCGCCAUUUUCUUUUUGUAAAGAAAAAAAAAAACUGAAAUAAGACAUGAUCAUGAGAUGGUAGUUUCCUCCGAGGGAACCUCAGCCCCCCCCCCCCCUGCUGGAGGGUGUGUGAACUGCACCUCCAGUUCCCACAGUCUGAGAGUCUCGCACUUUUCUCGAUGACGUGCUGGUGAAGCCCCGCCUCUCUCUCCCUGGCCACACAGCCUUGCCAACACAGAGAGACCGCCACUGGUGGUUGCCAUGGCGAGGAAUAUCGCCACUGCUCCAUACCUUUAUACUCCCCUCUGACUCCUUUGUAAUUUGGCAUUUUGUUUUUUCAAUGCCUUUAUUAAUAACGCUGUUCAUCAGUUAAGUCGUAGACUGAGGAUGUGGAAACAGGCAGGAAUAGGUUGGAGGUGCUCCUGUCCCCAGCAUAGCGCCCCCUGUGGCUGGUGUGUGGAGGUACACGCGGAUCUGCACCCUCCCCUCUCUCAGCUCUGGCGUUUCCGUGGUUUGUCUGCUUGAUGUUUUUCGGUCAUAUGCUCUGUAAAGGGCUCCUGCUUCCCUGGAGGUUCUGUAACAUGACCCAGCGAGACUGCCCUGUGUGGCUCUACACGCUGAACACUGGAUCAGGAUGUGUGACGUGCUGGAGAUGGGUACUUUUCCUGUCCGAAUUGUGCAGAAUUCCGGAUUGUGCAGAAUUCCCAGUGAAAGCCGGAGGAUUGGGAUGGGAAUGGCUGUGAGGGCGAAUCAUAGAGGAGGGCGGAGCGUUUUAGAUCAUGACCCAAUAAAGCGCAUAACUGUGUGUCUGUCAAGUGACCCACCUGUCUGUCAUGUGACCCACCUGUCCGAGUCCCACUCCCCCACUCUCCAUACUUCCCAGCAUCCUUUGCGUCACUAAAAACUGCCGUUGAUGCCGCAAGGCUCGGCGUCCUUGUAUGUUGAUCGUUCAUACUAAUGAAUUGAGAGAUUUUUCUUUUGUAAAUUUAUUUUCAUUCAUUAUUCAUUAUCAUAGUUUCAUCUCAUAAAGUGGUGUGAGAACGUAGCAGCCAGAUACAAGUGAAAACAGCAUUUAAUCUGAGUGACCUCUAACUGGAAAUUUCACGUUUCAAUGCAUUCAUGUUUUUUAUUUAUAUAAAAGUUUGUGUGUGUGUGUGUGUGUGUGUGUCUGCCUGUGAGUGUGUUAACUGGCACAUGGGGUGAAGUGUCUCUUUCUUUUUCUUUUUUUUUUUUUUUUUUUUUUUUACUGUACUCUCAAUUACUUAUCAGCACCCUGUGACCUUUGACCUGGGCAUGAGCUGGAUGCUGAGUUGGGUCGAAGCGGGCCUGGGGCUGACGGCCCUGCACCCUCGUGGGGGUCAUGCCAGGGCUGGGGUCUCACAAUAAGAACCAAAUUCCACCUGUGAAUUUAAGAUUCAAUGUCUGAAUUAAAACUCAUUUCCUUUCAUCAUGCCUCCCCCCUUCCGCCCCCAAUUUAAAACAGUGUUUAAGUUUUAGUUUUUUUCCUUUUUUUUGUGUCACCUUAAUUUAUGUAAGCUAUUGCGCUGAAAUGGAUUUUAUGGAUUUAUUAAGUUCUUGGGCUUGUCCCUGUUGGGGUGGGGUCGGGACGCAGGAUAUUGUAAUUCAAUUUAAAACUUUUUUUAAAUAUAUAUAAACAAUUUUGCCGUUUCAGCUCCCUGUGGCCACCCCUGGAGAACUCCAGUUGGCUGCUUCAGGCUUCUGUACAUUCCUUUGUUCUGUGUACCUUACUGUGGGUGAGCUGAGAGAAAAUGUCCUUCGUUUUACUGGUGAAAUUCCCGAGGGGUCUGUGGAACGUUCACACCGUGACUUUUUGCUCAUAUGAGAUCAUGCUAAUCGUGAUACUGAAUUGUUGGUUCAGCGCUGAUCCUUCAGCACCUAAUAGCACAUUCCGAAUAUUUCAGUUUUAGGAGGAACAUGGUACAGUAUAUAUUUGCAGGAAACUUGGGCAUAUUCCAAAGUUGAGCUUUGUCAAUUAUGCAUUAGGUUCUUAUUUCUUAUUUAAUUAGGUUUCAGUUUUGAGGUUGAACAUAUAGCGGUCUCCUUUAAUCGGGUAGCUGUAUUUUUGCCCUCAGCAGCCAGACGGUCGUGUCAGAAGGGUAAUCUCACAUUGUAAGCUCAUCAAUGCUCAUCAAUCAGGGAAAAUAAAAUGUAAAAAGGCAGCUCUGGCUCCCAGCAGUUUUGGUGUGGUAGUUUGUGUGAUUGUCUCUCCUGCAGGGGACCCCGAUCCAAGACUCACCUGUUCUUUUCUUUUUUUUUCCCCCUUUCUUUCACUCAGUUUUUAAAACUUCAUACAAUAACAAAUUAUAUUUUUCAACUCAGUCCGGGGGGUUUGGGGAAAGGCAAUCUAAACUGAAAUGGGUCUAUUGGAGAAACUCUUGAGGGCAAAAAUAUAGCUAACCGCUUUAUUUGAGGUGUCCAGUCUCUGGAGAAUCUACCCCACCACUCUGUUACAUUACAGGUCAUUUAGCCAAAGCGCCCCACAGUGCAGUUCCACAGUUCGUAUAAAUUCCGGUGAAUGAACUGAUAACCAUUGAUACCGUUUUGCUUUUCUAACCUUCCUUCUAACCUGAAUAAGGACAUGAUGUCUUUAUUGGCUUUGUGAUACACGGCACCAGUGACCAGCAGGGACAUCUCCACUGUCCUUCAUCUGCUGUUUGUGUCUGAAGUUCAGAACUCCAGUGCCCCAUGAUACACCUGUGUGCAUACGCCGAUCGUGUGCUUCAAGUGAAGCUUCAUGUGCUUCCUUUUGGUUUUUGGGGAUCCUCAGGAAAUGGUGGGGUGGGGUGCUGCCCCCUGCUGCACGGGGGGGGCGGUAGAGUGAUGGGGAGGGAGGGGUGCACUAGAGGCCUCUGUGCAGGCAUCUCUGGUCCUGAACUGGGCUGGGGACUGGUCUGUAUGUGGUAACGAAUUGUGUCUGAAUUUGUGUAAAGGAACGCGCAAUACUGUACAAAUAAUGAUGUAUGGAGAGAAAAUAAAUCUGUUUUAGUCA